UUUUUUGGCUGCUUUUUUUGUUAAUGAGCGCCUUUUUCUGGAGAUUUCCAUUUCCGUUUUCCGGUCCUUUCAUAAUUCCAGGCUCUAGUCCAUAUCGAACCGAAAAACAACAGAAAUUUUUUUCAGUUCGGUCAUAUCCUGCCAUAACCCAUUAAUAAUUCAAAUUUAUUUUGGUGAGUGUAUGUACAUUUCUAGCUGCGUAGUUGACGAAUAGGCAGACAAAGCCGUACAUUAUUAAAAAAAAUUUUAAAUUUUCAUUUAUUUAAUUUUUAUUUUCCUUUUUCAGCUUUAAAGUUUAUUUUAUUAGUAACUUUUUCUUUGAAGACACAAAUGUCAGAGAAAAAAUAUGAAGAAGGCGUCGAUCCAGUCACAUUUUUUCGCGAGCAAUGUGCACUUGAAAAGAAAGCAAUUAAUUUGAAGGAAAUACUCGAAACUUGUAAUGAACGUGUCCGAGCCAAUCCUGAUUCUGGGGAAUCUUGCCAUAUGGAAAUGACCGACUAUGUUCACUUUCUCGACCAUUGUGCAAUGCCUAAGGCUUUCAAACAUUUGAAAUGA